AUGGUAUGCAUUUACUUUAUACUGUUAAGUGUAGUAUACAGUACAAGUUGGGCUGCUUCCCUCAAGGAUGCAGACUCUCUGUUACAGAACCUUUUCGCGUCUUACAACACUGAACUACGCCCAGUUCAAGACCAGGACCAACCGGUCCUCACCUCGAUUUUAUUUUCUCUGAUCUCCAUUAACAGUUUUGACGAAAUAGCUGGAGUCAUAUCCGUUUCGGGAGGACUAAUAUUAUCAUGGACAGACGAAAGACUAACAUGGGACCCAAAUGCAUUCGGCAAUUUGACGGAAACCACAAUUUCUCAGAAUACAAUAUGGCGACCAAAUCUAUUUAUUACUGAUCCGUUAUCUGAAGAUUUCUCUGUUGGACAUCAGGAUUUCAAGAUAAGGGUAACAUCUGCUGGACACGUGAGUUGGUCUCCAGGAGGAAUGCUAAGAGGACUGUGUAUACCAAAUGUAAGCAAAUUUCCCUUUGAUACCCAAACAUGUAAAAUAGAAGUAUUUGCUUAUGGAUACACUCCAAGUGAAGUUUCCUUUAUAAUACUGUCACCUACAGUGUUACUAACAUACUUCCAUCAGAAUAGUGAAUAUAUUCUUACAGGAUCAAAAGCCAGUGUGCAACACCUCAUGUCAGAUAUCGCAGAAUUUCACUUCAUAUUGAAAAGAAGAUCGCUGAAUGUCUUGGUGAGCAUUAUUUUGCCGAUCAUCAUGUUGUCUCUGAUCAAUCCGUUGGUCUUCAUUCUGCCAUUCUCUUCAGGGGAGCGUUCCUCAUACAGUAUCACAGUACUGCUAGCCUUCACUGUGUACAUGACUGUUGUGAGUGACAAGAUGCCUGAAUCUUCAGAACCAAUGUCCUACCUUUCCUUCUACAUACUGUCUCUUCUCGCCAUCAGCACAAUCAUCGUCACCACGAACGUCUGUCAAAUCCGAAUACGAGAAAAGGAAGAAGGCUCAGUGCCACAAUGGAUCAUCAACUUAUCAUUUCUGCUGAAGUCAAACAGACAAGUGCGUGAUGAAAUGUUGGAAGACUCUGAUAUGACCCAGCAAAACACUGAGAUGAAUCAUCCAUCAACCAUUCAAGCCCCAAUAGAUGAAAUUAAAGACAGGAAGGACAAGAUGGCCGAUAUACAGCCUCCUGGAAAUGUUACAUGGAAUAAUAUAGCAAAUUAUUUAGACAAAAUGUACUUCAUAAUAUUCCAGACUCUGAUCAUUGUGUUAACUAUAGUGUUAUUUGUAUUGACUACCUCUGGAGACUGA